UAUCUCCCUCUCGACCACCAGCCAAUCGGCGGCGGGCAGAUCAAGGGUUGCUUCGUUUCGGGUCGCGUCGAAGAAGAUCGCAAACGCAGCGCAACCCCAGGCCUUCCCACUCGCCCUCCCCCCUCCGUCUCUCUCCUCUCGCUCUCCUUUUCCUACUGCCUCCUGCCUAAAUCCUCCUCUAUCGCUGACCGGCAGCCCGUUUCCCGUAUCCAUUCCCGCAUCGCCAGUCCUCAAUUCCAGUCCGCGACAGACCACCCCGGUCCGUUACCUUCUCUUCAUCCCGCCCCCCACAUCGCAGAAAAUUUUCAUCACACGUCUCCGCUCGGCGCCCACAAACGUCCACACCCAUAUCCCCAAAAAAGGAAGAAAAAACACACAAGAACUCGGACGGAAGACUCGCCGCGAAAGGUCGCCAGAAAAACAUGUCCUUCUUUACCCGCCGCGCCUUCACCGCCCCGGCUUCGCUAAGCCGCCUCGCUGCUCCCGCCGCCACAGCGCGCGCCUUCAGCGCCUCGGCGCGCCGCGACAUCGCCAAGAUCACCAUCGUCGGCAACCUCGCCGGGCCGCCGCAGGCCCGCGCCACCAGCACUGGGCACGAAAUACUCGAGUAUUUGGUAGCGAGCAACGCCGGCCGCGGCGAAGACCGCAAGACCAGCUGGUUCCGCGUCACCGCCUUCGUUGAGGAGGGACCGCGCCGCGAUUUCCUCACCAGCCUGACCAAGGGGGCUCUUGUAUACGUAGAGGGCGAUGCUUCUCUGCGAACGUAUACCGACGGCGAAGAGAAGCCGAGGACUAGUCUGAGUAUCGUCCUAAGGAACCUCGAUGUCAUCCGCAAGCCAACUCCGCCCCCGGACUCCGAACAAUAGUGGGAAGACGACAAACGUGCGGGAAUUUGGGCCGGGUAAAAAGAAGAAGAAAAAAAGAUGAAGAAUUAGAAGGCGGCGACGACCUGACCGACUUUUUUUUCAACCUCUUUUUACAACAUGCUCAUGGAUCAGGGCUUCUCCACUGCGAUGACUUUCCAGCGCGUCUGGUAAUAGGAAUUACUGCUAGAGGAUGCCGGUGUACUGCUGUAUUACUACGUAGAGACUUGACUACCACAGACGUGUAUCCCAGGCGCCCUCGCCAUGUCUUGCCACCGUG